AUGAAAUUUAACAUUUUUGCAGCAGCCACUAUUUUUACAUCUACGGUAGCUGGCCUUGGCGAUUUGGCAUUUAGUUUAGGAGUAAAGGACAAUUCUGGCAACUGCAAAACAGCCGAUGAAUACAAACAAGACUUUUCGGUAUUAUCCUCCCACUCAAAAAUAGUUAGAACUUAUGCUGUUUCUGACUGCAACACUUUGGAAAAUUUGGGUCCGGCGGCAGAAGAAGCUGGUUUUCAAGUUAUGUUCGGAAUUUGGCCAACUGAUGAAGCCCAUUUCGGUGCGGAGAAGGAGGCAUUGAAAACUUUCUUGCCUAAGAUUUCCAAGUCGACCGUCAAAGUUUUUACAGUUGGCUCGGAGGCCUUAUACAGAGAUGACAUGUCGGCUUCCGAUUUGGCUAACGCUAUCAAUGAGGUGAAACAACUCUUGUCCGAGAUCAAGGACAAGAAUGGCGAGUCUUACAAAGAUGUUCAGGUAGGAACAGCCGACUCGUGGAAUGUUCUCGUAGAUGGCGGUUCGUUACCAGCUAUCAAGGCUGCAGAUUUCGUUUUCGCCAAUGCGUUCUCCUAUUGGCAGGGUCAAACGAAGGAAAACGCCUCUUACUCUUUCGUGGAUGAUAUUAUGCAGGCUUUGCAAACAAUUCAGACCGCAAAGGGAUCCACUGAUUUAGGAAAUUUUUGGGUUGGUGAGACUGGAUGGCCAACACAAGGAACGCAUUUCGAGGCCAGUGAGCCUAGCGUGGAGAAUGCCAAGAACUACUGGAAGGAAGCCAUUUGUGCCAUUCGUGCAUGGGGAGUUAAUGUUUGCGUUUUUGAAGCUUUUGAUGAAGCAUGGAAACCAGAUACAUCUGGUACUAGUGAUGUUGAGAAAUAUUGGGGUGUUUGGGAGGAAAACUAUUCUCUCAAAUAUCCAUUGUCUUGUGAGUUUUGA